CAAGCUCGUAACAGUAUCAAUGACGCUAUUCAGUGUUGCUGCGAAUGCAAAAAUAAAGUUCCCCGUGGCUGAGAUUUUUAUAUGUGAAUUUAUUGUUACUAUAUUUUAUAAUAUAAUAUAUUUAACUUAUUAUAAUAUAACCUGAUUCUAUAUUAUUUAAUGUUUAUUUCUGUAGUAUUGCUUUUGAGCAAUACUACAGAAAUUGACUUGAAUUGACAUUACUACAGAAAAUGACAUAAUUGCCGUUUAUUAGGGUUCCGUACCCAAAGAGUAUAUAUGUCUGUCAGUAGACUGUAUCUUAUGGACCGUAAUAUGUAGAAUUUUUAUAGAAUGUGUAUUUAUAUUGCUGCUAAAACAACAUAAAAUAAAAAAAGAAAACUAGUAAAAUAUUAAAGUACCCAAAAAAUUCACGUUUCUUGUAUGAAGACCAUACAAGAAACGUGAUUUUUUUUCUGUAUUGAUAUGUGUUUUGUUUACAGACUAAAGAGAAAUCUGGAUUAACACGCAAUAAAAUGUGUAUGGUGGGAUUGAAAGUUUAUCAUGAGCUUUUACCGCUGGCUAAAACCAUCGAUUCGGAUCUCUACUACCAAUAAAUAAUGAGACAAGCAAGAAAUAGAAUAAAAACGCCUGGCAUUGAUAAUCAGAAAAGGAGUGAUCUUUCAUCAUGAUAACGCCAGGUCACAAGAUUAGUUCUCUGUUUGAGACUUUCAAUACACACUAACAUUCCUAAAAAUCCAGUAUUUGCUUGAGUACUUAAAACUGGUUUAAAAGUUUUAGUCAUUAUUUUCUUUUGUUGCUUGUGUUCUUUAAAAGAAAGCUUUCUGGAGGUUUUAAUAUUUAAGUUUAUAAUUUUUUUUUUUCAUUAUAAAUGGGAUGACUAAAUCCAUGUUCCUUCAAAUCUCUGGUAUUGAAUAUAUCAAAUAUAACUACUUGUCACAUUUUUUUAAUCAAAAUCCCAAUAUUUCUACAGCAACGUUUAUUUUUUUAUGUCACUACCUAUAAGAUGGUAACAAAUUAUCGAACAGAAUGGACCCAUAUAUAUUAUAAUUAAAUGUAAUAAGACUUUAAAAAAAAAAGUCUUGUAUUUGUAUACAAUAUACGAAGAAACUUUUUCCCCGGUAUACUAACUAAAGGUGUAACAAAAUAGUACUUAAUAACUUAGGGAAUGAUUCUGCCCGUCAACGUGAAUAUUUUUUGUUAUGGGAUCAUCUUCGAAAUUUUCAAUUUAUACGUGAUAGACCCAUACUGCAGCUAUAUUACUGGUAUAGUUGUAGCACGAAUGGGUCAGCUCUACCGGGGAAGGACCACGCUCUCACUGAAUACCAGUGUAAAAUAGGAGCUUAACGCUGCUGUGUUUCCUAUGGUGAGUGUAGAGAACAGGAGACCCUUUUUACUCGAAACGAGGCAUUCCAUCUUAGUCCUCAGGGGUUGCAACGCAUCUGCAUUUUGAUUCUUAACCGAGGAUAGAUGUAUAUGUCUAUGGGCCACAGCAACCACUUUCCAUUAGGUGAACUGAGUGCUCGUUUGUCACCCUGAUCCUAUAAAAAAUAUCUCAAAGUCAGUUAUUCCAUACAAAAUUUCGUACAAACUUGCUCAAAAUGUAUGGAAGACCUGAUUUUUCUUGCGAUUUGGAAGAUAUCUAUAGUAAAAGUUGUUCAUUUAGACGCGUAGAAUCGAAAGCAUAUUUUGAUUACACACUAUACGUAACAAUUUUUUUAAAUAAUUUGUGAAUGUUAGUUAGACAUGUAAAUAAAAUCAUUAAACUGAUAAAAAGGAGGCCUAGAUAUAACCUAUACAUAAUUUACACAAAUAUAUUUUAUUAAUAAAAUAUACAUUUUUAAGUAUUUCUGGAAUACAUUCAUAACUAUGAACUUAACUACUAAGCCAUAGCAUAAAAUAAAUUUUCCCGUUAAUCGGGUAAUAGUUAAGCUGUUGGCAUAUACAAUUUUUCACGUCAUAUGGCAGCUGUACACGCUCGUCUCGUCGCGUCGCGUGCCUCUCGUCGCGUAAAGGCUCGACACGAGAGCACACCAUGUACACACUCGUUGUAUCACUUGAACUCCGAAUGCCCGCUGCUAUGGACCUACAAGAAACUGUUGCUGCGUUUUGCCUUUGUCCUAUUAGUUAUUAUAAUUUUUUACACAUUUACCAUAAAAAGAAAAUUAAUAAGCCAUGGCGAAGAAGAAGAUGGUGGAUGGUUUCUAUUCACCGUAACAGAACCAUAAGUACCAUGGAGAAUCAGUUGGCUGAGCUAGUGGCGGAACCCUCUGGUCAAUUUGACAAUUUUACAAGAAUGUCUUUAACAGACUUUCAAUAUUUGUUGCAAAAAGUUUCCCCGUGGAUUUCAAAGAAAAAUACACCAUUCAGAGAUACAAUACCAGCCAAAGUUCGCCUAGCAAUUACUUUGAGAUUCUUGGCUAGCGGAGAUAGCUUUGAAAGUCUACAUUUUUUGUUUAAAGUCUCCAGCUCCAUUAUAUCCAAAAUUAUACCUGAAGUAUGUAUUGCAUUAAAUGGAGUUUUAAAGGAUCAAAUUAGGAUACCACAGGAUCCACAGUCAUGGUUGGAAUUAGCAAAAGGGUUCAGAAAAUUUCCACGGUGCCUUGGAGCUAUCGAUGGGAAACACAUUUGUGAUGCAAUCUCCUGCACAUAGUGGUUCGGAAUUCUACAACUACAAAAGGACUUUUAGCAUUGUACUACUUGCUUUAGUCGACGCCAAUUAUAAUUUUAUAUUUGCAGAAAUUGGUAGUCAGGGCAGAAUUAGUGACGGUGGUGUCUUUCAAAAUUGUCAACUCUGGAAAAAAAUUUGCUCGAAUAAUUUAAAUUUGCCAAUGCCACGACCACUUCCAGGUAGUACAAGAGAAGUUCCAUAUGUGUUUUUAGGCGAUGGAGCAUUUGCAUUAUCAACACAUAUAAUGAAGCCUUUUCCUGGAAGUCAUAAUGAACGAACACCGAAACGUAUAUUCAAUAUGAAACUUUCAUCUUCACGCGUAGUCGUUGAAAAUGCUUUUGGUAUAUUAGCCUCAAAAUUUAGAGUUUUUCGAAAACCAUUGCUACUUGACCCAGAAAAAACCACCAUCAUUACUAUGACUUGUGUACUACUACACAAUUUCUUAAGAAGUAGUAGUUAUUCACACUCAAUAUAUACGCCCCCAGGUACAACAGAUGUUUACGACAGUAAUGAUGUACUGGUUACCCCAGGUUCUUGGAGGAAUGAAAUUGAAGAUACGUGUGCCAUCAGACCCUUGCAACAAAUCCCAAGAAGAUCGGCACUGAAUGCCCAUCAGAUAAGGGACGAAUUUACAACUUAUUUCUUUAACUGUUACAAUAAUGCAUUAUUAAUAAUAUAGUAAGUACAUAUCCAAUUUCUCUGUUUAAAAAUAUCGACAAAAUAUCCAAAAUUAAAUUGAAUGAAUUAUUUACUACAUUUAGUUAUGUACCUUAAUAUUAUUAAACUAAUGAUAAAAAAAUAAACAAUGUUAAUUAAAUUAACGGUUUCAUGUAUGGAAAUAAAUAUUUGGUUACCUGUG